UCUCCAACUAGUUAUUAGAUUUCCAUUAUGCUGAACUAACUGAAAAAAGAGCAAAACUUUGAAAUUUUUUUUUUCAAAGUCAAUAGAGAAACAUCAUUGUGCAAUAUCAAAGAAAUUCUGCUACGAUGUCUUCUGCAGUAACCACCACUUUAAAACUCAUACUUGGUGCAAUUUUUAUAUUUCAACACACGGACGCAUAUUAUGGGUACGACCCCCGUUUUUUAAACACUUUUUCAUCACUCCGAAGCGACUUACGGAACAAACGAAGCGGUUCAAGCAUCGCUGAACAGGUGUAUUAUCAGGAUUUAUUAGCGCCAUUUUAUAAUCGUCGGCAAACCGAUUCUAUUUGGAAGCGAAGCAAGCCAGACCCUCUUCCUACGUCUGAUUGUAACGAACGAAGCAAUAUCCAAUACACAAGCCCGAACACAGCGACUCUGGAUAUUCGAUUCCCAUCUGUUCAUACAACCAAGGAUGACACUUACCUCUGUACCGCUUACAAAGUUCCAUUUCAAGGAGAUGAAAGCUUCAUAGUGAAUUUCAUUCCCCACGCAGACAUGGAGCGAUCUCACCAUAUGCUCGUGUUUGGAUGUCACGACCUUUCGUUUGACAGAACUGGGAAAAGUCAAUGUUAUGAGCCAUGUAAGAACAAACAAACCUUGUUUGCUUGGGCCAGGAACGCUCCACAGUUGAAAAUGCCUAAAGACGUCGGAUACAGCAUUGGCCGUAACUCAGGAAUCCGAUAUAUCGCCGUACAAAUGCAUUUUGCGAAGGCUUUCGACGAAGGAACUUGCUCAGGCGUGACAAUGGACAUCACAACAACUCCGCAAAAAUAUUACGCUGGAAUAUUUCUCCUUGGAGCGUACGACAUUCAGCUACCCCCACAUUCUACUAAUGUUGGGUCGAGCGUUGCGUGCGAAAAUGAAAUUGAAAAUCCCCUCCAUGUGUUCGCGUUCAGGACGCAUGCUCAUAUGCUUGCAAAUGUCAUCACUGGUUAUCGUCUCCGAAGUGGAAAAUACAAAAUGAUCGGAAAAGGAAAUCCAAAGUGGCCGCAGUCAUUUUAUCCUCGAGUGGGGGGAGAAUUGGAGUUAAAAAAAGGAGAUGUACUUGCAGCUCAAUGUGAUUAUAAUAAUACAAGAGAUGAGUCGAUUCAUGCAGGACCGUCAGGAUCAGAUGAAAUGUGUAACUUAUAUCUGAUGUUUUACACUUCGGAUAAAAAAUCUUUGAAAAGUACUUUGGAAUGCUGGGGAUUGGAUUAUGGCUUGACAGAGGGAGAUUUGCACUUUCCAAAAGAUGUAAAAGAUUUGGCUCCUUAUCCUGGUUAUGCUGGUGAAGAUUCAAAACAAGCGAUAGCUGAAGGGCAAGCUGUUAUCCCUCCGAUACCAGAAGAACACAUGCACUCACAUAUGCACAGCCAUGAUGACGGAGAAAAAGAUGAAGAUGAAUUUGAAAAGAAAGAUGAAUUUCAGGAAAUUCAGCAUUCAGAGGUACGGGGAAAAGAAGGAACAAUGUCAGAUGCUGAAGUGAAUGAAAAAUUAGAACAUUUAUCAGAUCUAUUGAAUGAAACUGGAUCGGAAUCUUUGUCAAGAAGUCAUGGAAUGCCAGAGUUCCAAGGCUUAUCAGCAGAUCUCAGCUUUCCUCUCCUUCAGCAAGGCUACUCAAUAGGCCAAGUGGGAGGUUUGGUCAGUGAUAUGGAUGGGACUGUGCAUGUCUUUCAUAGAGCCAACAGAGUAUGGGGCCGUUUUUCAUUCGAUUCUCGAAACCGGUUCACCGAGCCAAACAAACCAAUUAUGGCGGACACAAUCUAUCACCUAAGUAAAGACGUCGGCAAAGUUCUCCACUCCUGGGGGAGAGGUCAAUUUUUUAUGCCGCAUGGGAUUUCCCUUGACCCCGAAGGUUAUUUAUGGCUUACAGAUGUUGCAAUGCAUCAAGUUUUGAAAUAUCCACUAGGUGGUGCUGAGAAGCCUAUUUUGGUCCUUGGGGAGUUCAUGAAACCAGGAAGUGAUGCGAGUCAUUUCUGUAAACCUACCGAUGUUGCCGUGGACGAUGAUGGUUUUAUCUACGUGUCUGAUGGUUACUGUAACGGCCGGGUUAUGAAGUUUUCAAGAGAUGGGUCGUUCGUUAUGCAGUGGGGAAGAAUGGUCACUAGCAAGGAUUUAUUACAUCCACCCAUUCCACCAUACGCAUUCUUCGUUGCUCACAACAUCAUCUUGUGCGGACCGGACAAAUCAGAAUUAUGUGUCGCUGAUCGUGAAAAUGGGAGGAUUCAAUGCUUCGGCAAGACUGGUGCACUGACUCGAAUUAUUAAAAAUGAGAAAAUGGGGAAAAGGGUUUUUGCGAUCGCAUACAGCACUCUUGAAGGUGGCGUAAUCUACGGAGUUAACGGACCGGACCAAUCUGAGGGGGAUACAGCUUGGGGAUUCACCCUUCAUUAUGAUACAGGAGCGUUCUUGGAGGGUUGGGAGCCGUCUGCGGACUCCUCACUCACAGACCCUCAUGAUAUUACAGCAUCACCUAGUGGAGAACUGAUCUAUGUUGGUGAUCUCAGUCACAAGAAGGUUUAUAAAUUCUACCAGGUACCUUCAGCAGCAAAUGAUGUACAGAAAGAUUCUGGUAUCGGCCAAGGAAUUGCGUCUCUUUCUGCAAUCGAUGAUAAAAAGAACGAGCAUUCCAACUUAGAAGAAACAGUGGAAAAGAAAGGAAAGGAAUCAGGGAUGGAAAUGGAGGAAAAGCCUGAAAAUUCUCUAAAUAUGAAUGAAAAAGAACUGGACAAGGAAAUGAAUGAAAACUAUUCUGAUGGAAAUGUGAAUUCAUCCAAAGGAGCCACAAUCAUCAUUGUCAUCCUGGUUGUAUUACCAACUGUUUCUCUGCUGAUCGCAUUUGCUUGUAUCAAAGUUCGAGCAAAGAGACUCAAGGAAUAUGAAAGUCUUCUCUCUAAUAACGGAAAGUCAAGCAGCAAAUUAAAUCUUGGAAAGUUUCUGAAUCCGACUGAACGCAAAGGAUUCACAAGAGUUCGUUCUGAAGCCACAGACGACGAAGACGAUGAGGAUGACGUCGAAGUUUAUUCAAAAAAGAUAUAUCACCCUGGGAAACCCAAGCGUCCAGUUUAUUUUUAAAGGAGAAAUUUACACAACGAGGAAACUGAACCUUCGGCUGGAAAGUGAAAGAAACGAAAGAAUAUACAAGUUCAGUGUUCAGAUUUAUACUUUUGUGAUUUUUUCGUUUUCGUCGUCAAAUUGUAGACUAUCAAAAUGGUUUAUUGGUUGCUAUGGGUGCGCACUCCAUGGGUGGAUUCGUUCUUUUUUCCGUUAUCCGGGGGGAGGGGGGAUAGCAAAUAUGACACACGAACUGAUACAAAAUUUUCAACAAAUGUCUCACCGAGGGUUUCUUAAACUCGAUCUGUCCAGACCAGUGUUUUUCACUUUAAUAAUUAGAUUGAGACACACCACUCAAGCAGCCAUUGUUAUGCAACAGUCCCGCUUUACAUUCUGUUUGGCGUCAACCGCUCAAUUUUUUGACAACACGUCCAUAACAUGUCCCACGUGUUAAAAAUUUUAAAUAUUGUUUUUCUUAUACGUUAGUUAUUUGUCAUUCUGUCACCGCAACGACAGCAAAAGACAGCAUCAUCAUUUAUUGCUACUGAAAUCAAAAUUUAUCUGUAUUGACCCAAAUGAACUAAAUUUACGAAUAGCUCUAGCAAUUUUUAAUAUGUUUGCAGGCCAUCUUAGAAUGUUUUUGUGGCGCAGCAAUGGGCCAUGGCCCACUUGUUGAGAACCCAUGCUCUAAACUAGGGGUCGGCAACCUUUUGUCACUCGCGAGCCAAAAUAAGAGUUGCAAGUCAUUGGCGGGCCCACAUAUUUUUAGAAAGUUGAAAACCGAACGGAUGAUACCUUUCAUAAUAAAAAUCAAGCAGUGACAUUUCAUUGCAUGUCAAAAAAUUCCAUCUGAAUAUUUUCGGCACAAUUAAACCAUUUGCACUUAGCAUCAACUUUUCUGCGUUUUGUUGCCAUUUGUCAAAUUAUAAUUAAAUUAUACGCUAAUUAAACGAGUAAUUGUGAAUUUUAUCCUUGUUAGAUUAUGAUAUAAUUUAGUCUAAACGCGUCUCGCAAUAAUUUCUGGUACGUAAAAAAUAUAAUCGUCAAAACAGCUGUUUUGUUACUAUAAUUCAGUGAAGCGUCGCGGGCCGUAGGUUGCCGACCCCUGCUCUAAACUUUGGUCAACGCUCAAAUCAACUGGCAAUAUUGUUGUACAAAACUCGCAGUUUUUGACAUCCCAAAUCCCAAAUCCCAAAAAAAUUAUCCUUUACUUAUUAGUGAUCGCACACAACUUUGUACUAUGAAAGAGUGCAUGCGGCUUCCCUUAAGAGCAAAUUCUCUUAAAAAAAGUAUUUUUCAUAGUAUUAUGGACUUUCCGAAUCAAUGCUGCCCAGUUUCAAACGUUUGUUUGCACUAUUUUCAAAUCCUUCACAAUAUUAACUGGUGUCUGUGUGUUUUAUCACAGUUUUACUUUUUAUCUGCAUUAUUUUGUCACAUUUACGCAGUGAAAUUGCAAUUUUUAUGUUUAUAAGGUGCGUAUUUGAAAGUCUUGGUGUCCACAGUUCUGUCUUAUAGAAUAAGAAACCUAAAAUACAGAAUUAGAUAUUUGUCUUUCGUAAAAUUUGAAUCAAAAUUAAAGUUAUAGGAUCAUAAAAUUUAUGUUUACAAGCCUUUAAAGGCAUUUAAGUUGUUUGUAAUUUAUAAUUCUUUCCAAGGACGUCUGUAUUACAAUAUGAAUCAGGUGAUUUCCAUCUGAAAUUGCAAAUAAAUUUUUGAAUAACAGUCACAGCCUAAAAUACAUUUCAAAAUUAAUCCUUCUCAAAUUUUGAAUUCCAAUAUCAUAAAAUGGAUGUUUGGGGAGUUCGCAUUCAUACAAACAAAAAUAUAGAAUUGAUUGGAUAAUUCAACUGUACGUUAAUGUCAAUUUUUGUUGCAAAAUUUUAAGUUCAUCACAAUAUAAUCAUGUGUUUGUGUAUUUUAUCACAGAUUUACUUUUUCCACUCUUUCUUUGUUUAAUGUGUUGCAAUCAUGACGUUGCAGUUUUAAAGUCUUGAACUACUCAAAAUAAUAGCUGACUCACAAUCCACCUCAGUAAUUCUACAUAAUUACGGAGGCUCUUUGUAACCUGAUGGUCCAGAUUCUCAUUUACUUCUGAGUGAGUGCCCAUAACUUUGCCCAGAGUUGGUGUAUUUUACUUCUUAGUGAGUGCGUGCAUUACUCUGCUCAGAGAUGAAUCUUCUUUACCUCUGAGUGGGUGCAUUACUUUGCUCAUAGAUGAGUCUCCAUUACUUCUGAAUGAGUACCCGUAACUCUGCUCAGAGAUGAGUUUUUUUUACCUCUGAGUGAGUGCUCAUGAAUUUGUCCAGAGAUAAGUCUAUUUUACUCCUGAGUGAGUGCAUUAUUCUGCUCAGAGAUGAGUCUCCUCCGCUUCUGAGUGAGUGCUUAUAACUUUGUCCAGAGAUAAAUCUAUUUUUCUUCUGAGUGAGUGCAUUACUCUGCUCAGAGAUGAGUCUUUUUUACUCCUGAAUGAGCGCCCAUCAUUUUUAUCAGAAAGGAGUCUCUGGAGUGUGUUACGCUGCUCAGAGAUGAGUCUCCUUUACUUCUGAGUGAGCGCAUUAAAUGCACUAUCAUAUUUCGAUAUAGUCCAAUUUUAGUGGCCAUUGGCAGUGGCCACCCAUAACUUUGCCCAGAGAUUAGACCUAAAUACACAAUUGCUUUUUAUUUAUAAAAUUAUUUGCAAGUAUUAUACUAAUUCCUUACUUUUAGCACCAUGUGCUCUGCUGGGAUAAAUAUCCUUUCCAAAUUUUAUAAUAACCAUUGAAGCAUAACUGGACAGAAUAUUUGCCAUGCGAAUUCAAAUGCACUAGUGCUGCUAUUUAUUGCUUCCUUGUAUUUGAGCGGGUCAAUUUUUGUUUCAAAAUUUUGCCCUUUACAAAUAAUUUAUAGGGUAUUUCCCCUCCCUAACAAUUUCUCGAUAUUGCACCAGCAUAACUUUAUGUAGUUUAAGUAACUUUUGGUAUUUCAUUGAGCAUCGUCAAAUCUGCUCUAAGAUAAAUGUACAAUUUCAUAAUUAAUUGCAAGUAUUUUAACAAUUUAUUUUUAUUUGCACCAUGUGCUACCAAGAUUUGAAAAUCUAUAAUGUUGCUCCUAUUUUUAUAGCUUCCAUGUUGCAGUAUUCACAUAGCUUUAUUUUUUAUUAAAUUGUCCAAAUACAUAACCAAUUCCACAAAUAUUCUAUAUGUUUUAGACAGUUCUUUGUGUCAAUU